AUGAACAACAGCUAUAUUCCCGCUUUUGAGUGUCGGCACACACUGGUCAAACAUACUAAGCCGUUGAACACUUUGAAAUUAAACAAGGAUGCUACGAUGCUCCUCAGUGGUGCGGAUGACGGGUUGUUACUUGUCUGGAAUAUCCUCCACGGGAGUCUCGAACAAACCAUCUCCGUCACUUUCAAUGGACCUGUCUCUGCCGCUGUCUGGACCCCAAUCUCGCCAAACCGCCCCAGCACUACUUUCGCAUUCGGUUGUGCCGACGGAACGAUGUUUGCCUACCAUCAAACCCAGGAAGAUGAACCUUACCACACUACAUGUUUAGUUCCAGCCCACGACGGUCGUGUCGAAACCCUUGCCUUCGAUACCCAUCACCACCGCAUUGCAUCUGCUGGAAGUGGCUGCGCCAAAGUAUGGCAGUUGGACAUGGAAGGUGAGAAUUUCCCCCCUCUUUUAUCUCAUUAUGCUAAUUCUGCUGCGAAGGACAUUUCAAACUAA